GAGGUAUGGGGCUUGAGUCUGAAGGGAGGGUUCUGGUGAUAAGGGGUGGUGUCAUUGUGUAUAAAAGCUCUCAGCUGAGAGGCAGACAGCACAUUAAGAAAACACUUCCAGAGAGGCCAAGGGGCUCUCGAUCUGCACACAGCAACACUCCUCUGAAGCUUAGAAGAAAUUCCCAGAUCAUCAUGGCUGAGAGACGUAUUCCUUUCACCUUGCUCCGCACUCCGAGCUGGGACCCAUUUCGUGACUGGCACCAGAGCAGCCGUAUCUUUGACCAGACCUUCGGUAUGCCCGCCCUGCCCGAGGACAUCGCAGCAUUUCCCAGCACCCACUGGCCAGGGUACCUGAGGCCAUCCAUCCUGGCUCCAGAACUAAUGACACCGCAUGCUCCCUUGAUGUAUCCAACCCACAUGAUGGCUCAGCAGGCUCAGGCUCGGGCCCUGUCCCGCCAGCUGAGCAGCGGCAUUUCCGAGAUCAAGCAGACCCAAGACAGCUGGAAGGUAUCGCUGGAUGUGAACCACUUCUCACCUGAGGACUUGAUGGUGAAGACAAAAGAUGGCGUGGUGGAAAUCUCGGGUAAGCACGAGGAGAGGAAAGAUGAGCAUGGUUUUGUGUCCAGAAGUUUCACCAGGAAGUACACCCUCCCCCCUUCAGCUGAUGUUGAGAAGGUGACCUCUGCCCUUUCUCCUGAAGGCGUGCUGACCGUGGAGGCUCCUUUGAUCAAACCGGCCAUUGAGCACUCAGAAACCACGAUACCCGUCAAUGUCGAAAGCAACGGCGGUGUGGUGAAGAAGUAGUAAGAAAAUGGGCACCAUUUCCUUCCACCUGUCCUCCUCCACAUACACACAUUCAAAUAGAUGUGUGUAUGUGUGUGUGUGGGAGGAGGAGGAAAAGGACGGGGGAUAUUCCGCUUGUAGUGAGGAAAAGCAUCAGCUUACUGCUCUUCAUAAACAGAGCUCGUUCACAUGCCAAGCAGAGGAGAGCGAAGGAUUGCCCUAGCUCUUCCCUCUCAACUCCAUCUCUGGUAAUGAGCCUACCCCAGCACAGCACACUGUGUAAACGUAUCUGCACCAGUGCCAUGUGCGUGCUCUUUCUGCUGUAAUUACACUCUUCAUCUGAAUACGCAGCUUAGCUCAGCUCUCAGCUUCUUGUUUCUUUUUCUCCCCCCCACCCCCCCCACCCCACACACACACACACACCCCUUUAUGCUGCCUCUUCAAACAUCGAAACAGAAUGGAAUAACAGCAAAUGUGACAAUUAUUGGAGGCAGAAUGCCUCCAAUAAUGCACAUACUAAUCCACAUACACACCAAAGCUUUGAGUAAAGAAAGAGGACUGUUUGUGAUCUUGCUGUUGUGUGGACUGAAACAGACUGAUUAAAGCCAUGCAAACAGGAAAUAAAAAACACCCAACAUA